ACUAGCAUGAAGACGGACAAAUAGGCGACAGGUUGGUAUGGCUGGGUAGCCUUGUGAAGAUGGGAGAAAAAAUGGAACAAGCUUAUCACAGAUCAUUGCUGGAUGGAACUGCAAGCAAAGUCCCGGAAAUCUCCUCGAAAAUCGUUCGGGUGUUCAUCAGUUCGACAUUUUCAGACAUGAUCUGGGAGCGAAAUGCACUGAUGGAGAGAGUGUACCCAAAGUUGAAAGAUUAUUGCAGGGACGAACACGGGCUGGAAUUUCAGGCAGUGGACAUGAGAUGGGGCGUCCAUGCUGAUGCUCAGAAUGACCACCAGGCCAGCAGCUUGUGUCUGCAAGAGAUCAGGAAUUGCCAAGAACUAUCCAUAGGACCAAACUUUGUGAUACUAAUGGGCCAGAAGUACGGUAGCCGGCCCUUCCCGACGCACAUUGUCCAGCCCGAGUUUGAGUUACUGUUGUCUGUGAUGAGGGACGAUGAGGAAGUUCUCAAUCUGAUCAACACCUGGUUCAAGAUCGACGAGAAUUCAGUUCCGUUUCGCUACGUUUUGCAGCCAAUCAACAGCAUUCUGACACAUUUCAAUGAGACGGAUCCCACACUAAGAGCCGCUGACGAGAAGCAGUGGGGCGAAAUUUACAGCAGACUGAUGACUGCUCUCCGUAAGGCCGCCAGUUCAUGUUAUGAGGCUGGAGACUUAGACAUGGCAGCGAGGGACAAAUAUUUUAUAUCUGUCACUGAGAACGAAAUUCAGCACGGUCUUUUACAAUAUGAUGGCGACAAAGCACAAAAGUGUUUGUGUUUUAUGAGGAACAUUCAGGACAUUUCGGACAAUCUGCAACAUACAAAAUCUGCCAAAUUUAUUGACAUGAACUCUACUGAAGUCGAUGAAGAGGCAACUAAAAUGCUGAAAGUUUUGAAAGAUGAGAAGAUUCCAGGUGUGUUACCUGCGGAAAAUAUCUCCCAUUACACCGUAUCGUGGGCGGGUGAUGUGGGGAUCAAUCCAGAGGUGCACGCGGACUAUCUCAAUCAGUUCUGUGUGGAUUUCUACAAGAAAAUGACAGAACGCAUAGACAAGUCCGUGGCUUCAAUGACAGGCAUUCAGAAAGACAAGCUACUAACGGAGGUAGUGCAACAUCGGAAAAUGGCUAAAGUGUGGACAAGUAUCUUUCAUGGACGCGAAGAUGUCUUGUCAGAAAUUCAGAAGUAUGUGUGGGGGUCGUCCAAACGACCCUUUGUUAUUCACGGUCCAUCUGGAAGUGGGAAGACUGCUGUUAUGGCGAAGUGCGCAAGUCUGACACAUAACUGGCUCAAGAAGGAAUCUGCAGUUGUCAUUAUCAGAUUCCUCGGUAUAACCCCAAGCAGUUCAGGCAUACGCACCGCGCUGGAUUCAAUUUGCAAUCAGCUCUGUUCACUGUAUGGCAAGAAUCAUUCCACAAUACCGUCUGAUUACGCUCAGCUGGUAUCUUACUUCCGAGAGCUUCUUCAGGUUGCAAGUUCCAAACGUCCUAUAGUUAUUUACCUGGACUCUGUUGACCAAUUGUCUCCUGCCAACUUUACCUUCAAGCUGACCUGGUUACCCAAGCUUCUUCCGGCAAAUGUAAAAAUUGUGCUAUCUACCCUACCUGACAUGUACAGCAUUCUAAAAAACUUGCAGACAUUUUUGAAAGAAAACGAGAGUUUCGUUGAACUCAAACCUCUUGGGAACGAGCUCACUCAAGAAACCUUAUUCAGCAGGCUUCAGUUAGCAAAUCGAACCUUGACGAAACAGCAAGAUGCAGUGGUACAAGAAGUUUUUAAAAGCUGCAGUCUACCACUAUUCUGCAAGGUAGUGUUCGAGGAAAUCUCUACCUGGAAGUCCUACACUCCCGUAUCAGAGGACAGCGUGUCCUCCUCCAUUGAAGGUGCAAUCCAUAAGAUGCUUGAGAGGUUAGAGGUGGAGCACGGAAAGGUGUUAGUGUCUCAUGCCCUAGCUUACCUAACUGCUUCCAGAACUGGAUUGACCCUGGUGGAGUUGGAAGACUUGUUAUCUUUGGAUGAUGAGGUAUUAAACUCUGUGUUCACCUACUGGCUGCCACCUAUACGACGCAUCCCCCCUGCCAUAUUAACUAGACUGAGACUUCAGUUACAAGGGUAUGUGGUUGACAGAGAAGCAGACGGCGUUGUAGUUGUGUACUGGUAUCACAGGAAGUUCAUUGAAGUGGCCAGAGACCGAUAUCUGUCUAAUAAUGCAACUGCAGCUAAGAUUCAUAGUAUCCUGGCUGACUACUUCAUGGGAACUUGGGGAGGCGGAAAGCAGAAGCCAUUUACCUAUUCAUCGUUUUUGAUAUCGAGACUCGGACUAAAGGACUCGUCAGGUAAAGCUGACCGUAAAGUUCCUCUCCAACCUUUAUCUUUCCAUCAUGAGGUUCAAGACACGUACAACCUAAGGAAAUUAAUGGAACUGCCUCAGCACCUGAUUCAGAGUCAAAGGUUGCAGGAUCUUAGAGACGUUGUGUUGUACAGUUAUGACUGGUACAUUGCCAAGAUAAAGGCUUUUUCACUUCAAGAGCUCUUAACAGAUCUGAGGCUAGCUCAAGAGACCAUCCCGGAUGAAGGAUCUGUUCAACAGGUGGUUGAUGCCCUGCGACUCGGAGCUACAGCCUUAAAUUCAAACCCAGACUGUUUGUCCUUAGAGUUGUGUGGGAGAUUAAAGGACGUUGGUAUGACAGACAACUAUAUCAAAAUGCUGUUAGAAAGCUGUGGAAAAACAAGUGACUGUAUGUUAUCUGUGCCAUUCCAGUGCUUUGACGGACCAACAAGGUCCUUGGUCAUGACUCUCGAGGGCCAUAAUAAGUCCAUUGUUGAUGUCGUUUUCCUUCCUGGCAAAGAAAUGGCAAGUUUUGGCUGGGAUGGAAUGAUUUGCUUCUGGGACUUAUCUUCUGGCGAACUUUUGAAACAGGUGGAUGCUAGUUUUAUAGAACCAAAUCUCCGAGCAUUUCUCUUGUUGUCAAGAGACGGGAAAUACCUUGUUGCUCUUAACAAGGUGGGAUCUAAGCAUAUGGGCAUAUUUUGGGCUGAGACAGGUGACUUGUUACAUCAGUACCAAUACAAUCAUAGUCAACAUCUUCACAAAAUCGUCAUAGGUAAGCGAUAUCUCUGUGUGGACUUUGGCAUCCUGGACAUGGAAACUGGAAAGGUGAUCAACACUCUGAAUAAAUAUAAUGUGAACAUUACAGAGUAUGCUUUGGUAGUGUUUACAGUUGAUGAUAAGCAUAUUCUUAUCGGAAGUAGAUCAGAGACAGCUAUGUAUGAAAUAGCUUCAUGCAAGAAAGUGUUCAGCAUUCCAGGGGAAAACAUUGCCAGUCAACUCAAAGUAACUCCGGAUGGUAGAUUUGCCUUGAUUGGCUAUGUGAUAAGUUGUGUUGUGAAAGUGGUGGACGUGGAUCAGACAAGUUCGACAUUUGGACAACAACUGCAUCUCAUUGACAUUCCCAAUAUGUGCCCAGAGCUUGGUAUUGCCGAGGACAACACGGACGUGUUCACCCAAGAGGUGUCCGACAUAAAUAUUUCUCAGGAUGGAAAAUUUGCCCUCGCUCUCUUGAAAAGGUUUUACCUUGCCGUUUGGAAUCUUCAAACACCUGAGGUGAUUCCUGUAAUACUUCAACAUCCUGAUUCCCGUGACUUUUUCCAGGGCAAAUCCCAUUGUCACUUUUCACCAACGUUUACAGCUGACAGUAAAUAUGUUGUGUGUUAUAAACUGAAUGGCCCUCUGGUCAUGUGGGAUGCUAAAAAUGGAAAUUUCAUCACAUCAGUUCCUGCUCACAGCAAUGAAAUUAUGCAGCUGAAAAUAGAUUUUUCUUCGAAUUUGAUGGCAACGGUUGCAAAAGCAGAUUUGACCAUUAAACUAUGGAACGUGGAUGAACUGGCAGCAACACCUAUGCCAAAUCAAAGCAAACUAAAAGAAAGUUACAUUCAACACCUGGCUAUACCACCUACAUACAACUUUGCCAUAUCAUUACAUACUGUCGCCCGGUACAGCAGGGAAGUCUACCAAAUGAUUGAUUAUUUUGGCUUAACUUUGUGGAACCUGGACAAUGGAACGAAAAAUACCAUUUUACCGUUUGGACAGUAUGGGCAAGUUUGCCAGAUGGACUGUUCAGAAAAUGGCGAGGUGUUAAUCUUCCUGAUGGGUAGCCUUGCUCAGAGACGGAUAAGAAUAAUAGACCUCAAAAACAGCCAUCUUGUCUUUUCUUUCACUCUGCCAUACUGCAUCCUGGCAAAAAUACACAAAAAUGGCAAGUUUAUGGCAGUGGUGACAUACGAGGAAGGGACAUACUUCACGUCUAUCAGGGCAUGUGAAAAUGGAAACAUUCUAGGACUUCAUGAAAAUUGUUAUGAUGUGGUAUUUUUGAGAGACACUGCAGUGCUUCUUAACACAUCAGGCAUGCUAGAGGUUGACGAUCUCAGCACAUCAACUCAAACAAGCAUGUCUAUUGGGUUCACCUCGGGAAACCUUCAUAAUUUAUCGGGAGAAUUUUCGUCAGCAGUUCUAGCCGUAUCCAAGCCGACUAAAACUGGUCUUUGUAGAGGGGAGAUUGUUGAUGUCAGAACACUUCAGAAAUUGGGAACUUUGCAGUCCGUUGGAGAGCACGGCAUUGUAUCUUUAUCAAGAAAUGGGAAAAGAGGUAUAGAUUCCAGUCUCCAAGUAUUUGAUAUGCAUACCUUCGCCAUGUUGAUUCAGCUUCAGCCAGGCAGUCGAGCCAACAAAGCUUUGAUUCGGUUGCUAAAUGAAGGAGACUACGCCGUAUGGGUGGAUAGUGACGUGAGUGAUCUGCUGAAAGUUUGUCGUGUUUCAGAUAACACACUGGUAGCAACGUGUAACUUGCAUGCCACUCCAGUCAUACUUGAAAUCAGUUGUCAAAGUAACGGCAUUGUCGUUGGCACAAACCUUGGCCAAAUACUGGUUUUUCUCUUGAAACCCAAACAGCCAGUAAACAGGAGUGAGACGAAAGCUAUCAGCGAGCCGUCGAGCCAUAUGAUGCCAGAGUUGUCUGCCGAUCUACAAGCAACACUCCAGGACCUGGCCAAGCAAGCGAGAAUGUUCGCCUUCAACAAGACCACGUUGCAGUCAAAGACAAGUACGCUCAGUGAGCACGACACGUCAAGUACCUGUGUUUUUGUAUAAUUAAUGAAAUGUGUUUUCUCGAAAGUUUCAAGGAUCUUCUGCACAAAAGAAAUCUACAUUCUCAUUGAUUUAGUUAUAUGUCGAUAACUGCUGUAUUUGACGAUUCAAACACAGACUGCCCUAUGGCAGGAGUGCUGUGUUCAGAAAACUCCAUGUCACAACGAGUACAUUACUACAAGAUAUAGCAUUAUUAUCAACUAACAUUGUUGAUAAAGUAUCACGUAUCAAGCAUGUAGUGCGCCAUUAUUAUGUUGCAUGUGUGCAACACGCAAGGUACAUUACGUCUCUGCGUGUUGCUUACCCCACAAAUCAACUGGUUUCCUGUUAAUUAUGCCUUAUAAAAAUAUCGGCUGAAAGCAGACACCAUUUGAUGAAUGGUAAAGACCAGUAUAGGUGGGUGUUUCUGAUAGAAAUGAAACCUUUGCCACUGUUCAUAUAUUACAAAUGUAGUUAUAUUCAUCUCCUACUUGACUUGAAGAGCUACGCCAGUUGCACAGCCUUUGCAUUUUAGAAGAGGAUUUUAAUGCUGAACAUCAAAAUAUCUUGUUUCCUUUCAUAGAUUUAAAGGCUAUCAGUUCCCUCUUUUCCAGGCAUGCUGUAACAAUUUGACUGAUGUUUCUGUUUUUGUCAGAUGUCACGCACGAACACACCACAUCGACGCUGUUCAAACUUCAAAAUUCAGCAAAAUUCCCUGAUCUCUUCCUCAUUUAACGUCACAUCUGUAAUAUGUCGACCUCACGCAAUGCACAUCUUAGUUCAGUUUGUAAAGUUUUCUUCGUAUAAAUUUAACAUACAGCCUAGUAUCUCUCAGAAAUGGAGCAACUCUUUAAUAUAAUCAUGUCGCUUAUUUUAUGCACAUUUUACCGAAUUACAUUAAUAGGGCCAUUAAGCCACAUAUAUACUGAAUGUGACGCAUUGAAGUGAUUCAAAAUCGGCGCUGAUUAGCUGAAGAUGGUGAGUGGUCAAAUUUCAGAGUACACUAAUUGACCCUAUAGUGCCUAAUAUUAAGCUUUAACCUUGGUUGAUGCGUCUGGCUAGGCUGACAGUAAGCGACGAUUCUGUGUACUUGUUAGUGUCAUAAUUAAGAUUUAAAAAAAAAAAAACACGAAGGUUACCAGAUACCAGUUAUGACAAUACUGGCUGUAGGGGCCUACAUCACAAGAUAUGCAUGACUAGAUACGUAUGCCAAAAUUGUAUUACACUGUAAUGUGGCAAUACUUCACAUACUAAAUAUGACCAGGUACUUCUGACAGUUAUUCUAAAAUAAUUAACUCUGAUUUUAAUUCCAUGGAGUCUUUUUAAGUCAUGUUUUUAGGGUGCUAAUGCAAUCGAAUAUAAUACAAAUUUCUUUCUGAUUAACAGAAGCCAUUUAUAUCUAUUCAUGUGUUUAUGAGUAAAAGCAAAUGUAUACUUGUAUUAAGAUUAUUACUUUUUCACAGUUUAUUUAUUCAACGCUGAUCACUGAGAGUAUAUUACUUAAUCAGAUCACAAAUGUCUGUAAUAUACGUGUGCUUAGAUCGCAAACAUGCUGAUAUACCCUGACAGACUGGGUAUUCUGUAUGACGUUACAUUCAGAUAUACAAAUGCUGUACAAAUGCCAUCGGAGUAAUGCCCCUUUACAUGUAUUGGCCUCAAACUUUUAACAGGCCUCGGUCUUCAACACGAUAUUGUGCUAUGCAAACUGUUUCAUUUUUUUUUUCAUUAUUGCUUAUAAUAAUGCUUAGAACACAAGACUGUUUAUAAAAAAAGGGUUGUUCUUAUUUUGUCGGAUGAUGAGUUGUGACCCUUGUAUUUUCUCCCGUUAGUGACAAGCAGGAAUGUUAUGUGGGGCUUUGGUUUACAGGGGUUUAGAAUUAGAUCUAAUAUAAGUGUACGUUCAUGUAUGAGGACGUAGGAGAACAUGUUCUUUAACUCUGUGGGGUAUUCCAAAUGGUUCCAAAACCCUGUGUUUGCAUGCUCACAUCACAAAUGAAGCGUUGUAAACACACAUGUAAACAAAUCGCACACUGAGAACAGUAAAACGCUGAUUAUAUGUCCACAAAACGUAUUUUGCCCUGUACUCCAGAAUAUUUAAUAUUUAAGACAGUGGCAGAAAUUUAUUUAUUUGAUUGUUGUUUAACAACAUACUGAAGAAUUUUUCAUUUAUACGGUUCCACAGGAGUAAGUAGAUCUACUACUUUACUGGCGAUAAACAAUCCAGUAGUUUUAUUUUCAAUACUUCCAUCCCCACCCUCCCUCACUCCAAAAUGUAUUUAUUUAUUUGAUUGGUGUUUUAUGCCGGCAUUAUGGUGGGGGGAAACUGGACAGAGGCCGGGGAAACCCACGACCACCCGCAGGUUCCUGGAAGACUUUUCCACGUACUCUAAAAUAUAUAUGCAUAUACAUAUAAAUAUAUAUUUGUUGUGACACUCAGGAAUUUUUCACUUUGGUGGUCAGUUUAAUAGAUGGAUUGACCGACAUAAUCCCACAACCCACAAGUGGUAACCAACAAACGUUACACUACUCACCCUUACAAGAACCUGUGGAUAGUCAUAAGUUCUCGCAACGUCGCUUUCCUCUCACCGUGAUGCUGGCCUCUAUCGUAUAAAUGAAAUAUUCUUGAGUACGGCGUAAAACAUCAAAUAAAUAAAUAUUGUCACCGAGGCCAUACAUGAACAGUGAGAGUGAAUCAACAAACUCACUGUCCAAUGGCAGAAACGCUAGGUUAAAAAGGUCAUUUUUAAUAUAAGUAUGAUUUCUGGAUUUCCAGAACUUCACAACGUCGC